CUCUGGCGCUGAGGGAAGGAAGUUGGCUUUGGAGCGGCCUGGGCUCGGAGCGCAAGGCCGCGGAGGGCGGCGGCGGCGGCUGCUUUGACGAACAGGGCGGCGCGAUGGGAGACGAGAUGGAUGUCAUGAUCCCCGAGCGUGAGAUGAAGGAUUUUCAGUUUAGAGCACUGAAGAAAGUGAGAAUCUUUGACUCCCCUGAGGAGUUGCCCAAGGAACGCUCAAGUCUGCUUGCCAUAUCUAACAAGUAUGGUCUGGUCUUUGCCGGGGGAGCCAGUGGACUGCAAGUUUUUCCUACUAAAAACCUUCUUAUUCAAAACAAACCUGGAGAUGAUCCCAAUAAAAUAGUUGAUAAAGUCCAAAGCUUGGUUGUUCCGAUGAAAUUCCCAGUGCAUCACCUGGCCCUGAGCUGUGAUAAUCUCACACUGUCUGUGUGCAUGAUGUCUGGUGAAUAUGGUUCCAUUAUUGCUUUUUUUGAUGUUCGGACAUUCUCAAAUGAGGCUAAACAGCAGAAACGCCCAUUUGCCUAUCACAAGCUUUUAAAGGAUGCGGGAGGCAUGGUGAUUGAUAUGAAGUGGAACCCUACUGUCCCCUCCAUGGUGGCAGUUUGUCUGGCUGAUGGCAGUAUUGCUGUCCUGCAAGUCACAGAAGUGGUGAAAGUAUGUGCCACUCUUCCUUCCACAGUGGCAGUGACAUCUGUGUGCUGGAGCCCCAAAGGAAAGCAGCUGGCAGUAGGAAAACAGAAUGGAACUGUGGUCCAGUAUCUUCCUACUUUGCAGGAAAAAAAAGUAAUUCCGUGUCCUCCAUUCUACGAGUCAGAUCAUCCUGUCAGAGUUUUGGAUGUGCUGUGGAUUGGUACAUAUGUCUUCACAAUAGUGUAUGCUGCUGCAGAUGGGACCUUGGAAACAUCUCCAGAUGUAGUGAUGGCUCUGCUUCCGAAAAAAGAAGAAAAGCACCCAGAGGUAUUCGUGAACUUUAUGGAGCCCUGUUACGGCAGCUGUACAGAGAGACAGCAUCAUUACUACCUCAGUUACAUCGAGGAGUGGGAUUUAGUGCUGGCAGCAUCUGCUGCUUCCACAGAAGUUAGUAUCCUUGCACGACAGAGUGAUCAGAUAAAUUGGGAAUCUUGGCUGCUGGAGGAUUCAAGUCGGGCUGAACUGCCUGUGACUGACAAGAGUGAUGACUCCUUGCCCAUGGGAGUUGCCAUAGAUUAUACCAACCAAGUGGAAGUCAACAUCAAUGAUGAAAAGACUCUUCCUCCUGCUCCAGUUCUCAUGUUACUUUCAACAGAUGGUGUGCUUUGUCCAUUUUAUAUGAUCAAUCAAAAUCCUGGGGUUAGGUCCCUUAUCAAGACUCCAGAGCGGCUUUCAUUAGAAGGAGAGCGACAGCCCAAGUCUUCAGGAAGUACUCCCACCACCCCAACCUCCUCUCAAGCUCCGCAAAAGCUUGACRCCUCUGCAGCACCAGCCCCUGCCUCCCUUCCGUCUGUGCUGCCUGCCACUCCCAUCGCCACCUUCCCUGUGCCUUCUGCUGGCGCUGCCCCUGCCGUAUUCUCCUUCGGUUCUUCAUCCUUGAAAUCCUCUGCUUCUGUCACUGGGGAGCCCCCUCCAUAUCCCAGUGGCUCUGACAAUCCCAAAGCAGCCCUGGGCUCUGGCACCUCUACCUUCUCUUUUGCUCCUCCUUCCAAAGCCUCUGUGGCUCCCACCCCUGCAGCAUCGCCCAUGGCCCCGUCUGCUGCUUCCUACUCCUUCGGAUCAUCGGGUUUUAAGCCUGCCCUGGAAAGCACACCAGUGCCAAGUGUGUCUGCCCCAAGCAUGGGAAUGAAACCCUCCUUCCCGCCUUCAGCCUCUGCGGUCAAGGUCAACCUUAGUGAAAAGUUUACCACAGUGGCCACCUCUGCUGCUGUCAGUAGCUCUCCAAGUGCACCCUCGAUGAUGCCGUUCUCUCCUGCCUCCAAGCCAACUGCUUCUGGACCGCUCAGCCACCCCACGCCUCUCUCAGUGUCAUCCAACUCCAUGUCUCUGAAGUCCUCAGUCUCUUCCUCACCGUCAGGGCGACCUGCUCAGAGCAGUCCAGGUCCAGUGCUCUCAAUGGCGCAGAAGUCACCCAGGAUCACCCCUCCAGUGGCAAAAUCAGGCUCUCCUCAGGCGAAGUCACUUCCGCCUCCUGUCACAGAAAAACAGGGACAUCAGUGGAAGGAUUCAGAUCCUGUGAUGGCUGGAAUUGGGGAGGAGAUCGCUCACUUCCAGAAGGAGUUGGAGGAGCUGAAAGCCCGGACUUCCAAAGCCUGUUUCCAGGUGGGCACUCCAGAAGAGAUGAAGAUGCUGCGAACAGAGUCAGACGACUUACACACCUUUCUUUUGGAGAUUAAAGAGACCACAGAGUCUCUUCAUGGAGACAUAAGUACCCUGAAAACAACUUUGCUUGAGGGCUUUGCCGGUGUUGAAGAAGCCAGAGAACAGAAUGGUAGAAAUCGGGAUUCUGGGUACCUCCAUCUACUGUACAAGAGGCCACUGGAUCCCAGGAGUGAAGCUCAGCUUCAGGAAAUUCGGCGCCUUYAUCAGUACGUCAAGUUUGCUGUUCAGGAUGUGAAUGAUGUUCUAGACUUGGAAUGGGAUCGUCAUCUGGAACAAAAGAAAAAACAAAAGCGCCUGCUUGUGCCAGAGCGAGAGACACUGUUCAAUACUCUUGCCAACAACCGGGAAAUCAUUAACCAACAGAGGAAGAGGUUGAAUCACCUGGUGGACAGUCUCCAACAGCUCCGUCUUUAUAACCAAACCUCCCAGUGGAGCCUACCCUCGGCUCUCCCCACCCACAGCAGCACUCACAGUUUUGACAGUGACCUGGAAAGCCUGCGCAAUGCUUUGUUAAAAACCACCAUAGAAUCUCACACCAAACCUUUGCCCAAAGUACCAGCUAAACUGUCCCCUGUGAAACAGGCACAACUGAGAAACUUCUUGGCCAAGAGGAAGACCCCUCCAGUGAGAUCCACUGCUCCAGCCAGCCUGUCUCGGUCCGCCUUCCUGUCUCAGAGAUACUAUGAGGACUUGGAUGAAGUAAGCUCGACAUCAUCUGUCUCCCAGUCUCUGGAGAGUGAAGAUGCCCGGGCAUCCUGCAAAGACGAGGAGGCGGUGAUCCAGGUCCCCCGGCAUGCCCCUGUUGUCCGCACUCCUUCCAUCCAGCCUGGUCUCCUCCCCCAGACGACACCUUUUGCUAAAUCUCACCUGCUUCAUGGUUCCUCACCUGCGGGGAUGGGACCCUUGAUGUCUAUGUCUUGUAGCAAAAUUAUUCCUCAAGGGGCUGACAGCACAAUGCUGGCUACGAAAACCGUGAAGCAUGGCGCACCUGGUCCUUCCCACACUGUGGCAGCUCCCCAGGCCGCUGCUGCUGCAGCCCUGAGGCGGCAGAUGGCCAAUCAAGCACCAGCUGUGAGUACUUUGACUGAAUCAACUCUGAAGAAUGUCCCUCAAGUGGUGAAUGUGCAGGAAUUGAAGAAUAAUCCUGCGGCCUCUGCUGCAGCCAUGGGUUCUUCAGUGCCAUAUUCCACAGCCAAAACACCCCACCCAGGGUUAACCCCAGUAUCUGCCAGCCAAGCCAAGCAGGGGUCUCUGAUAAAUUCCCUGAAGCCUUCAGGACCCAGUUCAGCAGCGGAUCAGUUAUCAUCUGGUGAUAAAACUUCAGGGACAGGGAUAGCCAAGAUAGAAGCAGCUGUGACCUCGACUCCAUCUGCCGUGGGGCAGUUCAGCAAGCCUUUCUCAUUUGCUCCAUCAGGGGCUGGCUUUAAUUUUGGGAUAAUCACACCAACAUCAUCUUCUAACUUCACUGCUGCACAAGGGCCGACACCCUCCACUAGAGAGUCGAACCAGCUGGAUGCCUUCUCGUUUGGUGGGGGAGGCAAACCCUUUUAUGACACCGUUCCGGAGAGCCCCACUCCCUCCACAGUCACGCCAGGAACCAGCACUCCUGGAGCUGCCACUGCCCCUCCAGGAGACUCUGCCCCCUCUGGCAGCAGGCCCACGGCACCUGCUGGAGUUCCGCUCUCCACCGCUGCUAGCAAGCUGGAAACACCACCGUCCAAGCUGGGCGAGCUUCUGUUUCCGAGUUCUCUGGCAGGAGAGACUCUAGGAAGCUUUUCAGGACUGCGGGUGGGCCAAGCAGAGGAGUCUACUAAGCCAGCCAGUAAGGCUUCCUCCACAGGCCUCACGAGUGGCCAGCCAGCCAAGACUUCAAGCGCGUCCUCGGGCUUUAGUUUCACUAGCCCUGCGGUGCUGGUGAAGCCUGUGGAGCCCCCAGUGCCCUCCUCUGUACCUGCCACCGCGGCAGCUCCCCCAGUGGCGGCCAGCACGGGCGCCAGUGGUUCCUCAGCUGGCAUCUUUGGCAGUCUGCCACUAACCAGUACGGGGGCCUCUGGAGUGAUCAGCUUUGGUGGGACUUCUUUAAGUGGCAGCAAGGGUACCUUUGCAUUUGGAAGCCAGCAGAGCAGUAAUACAGUGUCGACCUCUGCACCCCCGGCAGCUACGACUGCCACUCCCCCUCCAGCCUCAUUCCCCACCUUGUCAUUUGGUAGCCUCCUGAGUUCGGCAUCUGCUCCCUCCCUGCCCAUGUCCUCUGGAAAGAACACUGAAGAGGUCACAUCGUCAGCUGUAGCCGAGAAGUCGGGCAACAAUGAGGUCUCCACUCCAACAGCCUCACUCCUCGUGCAGCAGCAGGCUGCCCAGCCUCCCCAGGCUCCUCCACACACUCCCGACUCGGUUAAGAAAGAGCCGGUUCCUGUGCAGCCUGCAGUCAGUAGCCCCAGCACAGCAGCAGCUAGUACCAGCCUCAUGGCACCUUCUAUAGAGGCCAUUCCAGCAGCCACGGGAGGCUCUGAUGACAAAGCGGAGGCAGCCUCUCCUCCUCCCACCUUUGUGGUGCCGGGGCAGGCUGCUCUUGCAGCAGCUACGCUUCCAAGCACRGGACCCUUGGCUGUUGAAACGUCAGGCUCCCCCACAACCUCUAGCCCUGUUUCCAGUGGUGCUACAGGCCCCACCACAGAGACAGCAGUGUUUGGGACUGUUACUUCUGGCUCAUCGGUCUUUACUCAGCCACCUGCUGCUAGCUCUAGCUCAGCAUUCAGCCAGCUCACCAGCAACACUGCCACYGCCCCCUCCACCACCCCCAUGUUUGGGCAGGUGGUGGCCAGCACUGUGCCAAGCCUAUUUGGGCAGCAGACAGGCAGCAUAGCCAGCACAGCAGCCUCCACUCCACAGGCCAGCAGCUCUGGGUUUGGCAGCCCUGCUUUUGGUACCUCAUCCCCAGGGGUCUUUGGACAGACAACCUUUGGCCAGGCCCCAGCCUUUGGACAGGUGACGAGCAGCCCUGCAAGUGGCUUCUCCUUUAGUCAGCCUGGGUUCAGUUCUGUGCCUGCUUUUGGUCAGUCGGUCUCCUCCACCCCUGCAUCCACCAGUGGGAAUGUCUUUGGUGCGUCCUCGAGUACGAGUAGCUCCAGUUCCUUCUCAUUUGGACAGUCAACUGCCAACACAGGAGGGGGGCUCUUUGGCCAGAGCAACCCUCCUGCUUUUGGUCAGAGCCCUGGUUUUGGGCAGGGAAGCUCUGUAUUUGGUGGCACUUCAGCCACCACCUCCACGGCAGCACCCUCGGGGUUUAGCUUUUGUCAAGCUUCAGGUUUUGGGUCUAGUAACMCUGGUUCUGUUUUUGGUCAAGCAGCCAGUACUGGUGGAACUGUCUUUGGCCAGCAGUCCUCCAGCUCCAGUGGUGGUGUGUUUGGGUCUGGAAACACUGGAAGAGGGGGAGGUUUCUUCAGUGGCCUCGGAGGGAAACCCAGCCAGGAUGCUGCCAACAAAAACCCAUUUGGCUCAGCCAGCGGGGGAUUUGGAUCCACAACUACACCAAAUACCUCUAACCUGUUUGGAAACAGUGGGGCCAAGACAUUCGGAGGGUUCACCAGCUCGUCCUUUGGAGAACAGAAGCCUGCUGGCACUUUCAGCUCUGGAGGAGGCAGCGUGGCAUCCCAAGGCUUUGGGUUUUCCACUCCAAAUAAAACAGGUGGCUUCGGUGCUGCUCCAGUGUUUGGCAGCCCUCCUACUUUUGGGGGAUCCCCUGGGUUUGGAGGGGUGCCAGCAUUCGGUUCAGCCCCAGCCUUUACAAGCCCUCUGGGCUCGACGGGAGGCAAAGUGUUCGGAGAGGGUACAGCGGCUGCCAGCGCAGGAGGAUUUGGGUUUGGGAGCAGCAGCAGUACCACGUCCUUCGGCACUCUGGCCAGUCAGAAUGCUCCCACUUUUGGGUCACUGUCCCGACAGACUUCAGGCUUUGGGACCCAGAGCAGUGGGUUCUCUGGUUUUGGAUCAGGCACAGGAGGCUUCGCCUUUGGAUCAUCUAACUCGUCUGUCCAGGGCUUUGGUGGCUGGAGAAGCUGAGUGGGCGUCGUUCCUUUUACUUCCUGUGACCUGUGUGCAUGGCUCUUCUCCCCCGCCCCCCCAGGGACCCUGGAGCGGGCUGUCAAAUGGACUUUGUCAUUGAAACGUGCGCCCAGAAAGAAAUAAGAGACCAAAACUCGAGAGAUACCCGACUGCUUGUUUUGUUUUGUUUUAUAUUUCAUGUUGGGU